AUGCAUCCUGAACACAACCAUCAGUUGAUUCCUGAAAAUGCUAGAUUUGCUACUUGCUAUCGAAAACUUACUACAGAUAUGAAGGAGCUUAUUGAAAGUUAUACAAUUUGUGAUAUUGAUGUCUCAUCCCAGGUUUGUCGUACUCAUGAUAUACAGGGGUGUGAUACCGCAAAGCUUUUCCAAUACUUUGAAAAAGAACGUACCAAGAAUCCUGAUUGGUAU